AUGUCAGCCGCGUCUCAGCGCGGGAGUCUGGCACCAUUGCCAGAAUACCACCGCCGCGGACUCAUAAUCCUGACGGCCUUUUCGUUUCUCUCUACCCUGGCCACCACUCUCCUGUGGCUCUUCAUCACAUACAAGUUCCUCUCAUACCGCAGACGAAAAUGGGUCGACAAGAGGCGACGAGCAAGGCGGCGGCGGCACGUCACCGUCGCCGAUCUGCCCGACCUCACCCUGGGGCUGGAUGCUCCCUGCCCAGGCAGUACAGGGUUUUCCCGCAUAGAAGAACUCGACCGCUUAGCCACCGUGCAAGAGCCCGCGAAUGACGCCGGCGCCCAGCGACCCGACGAGGACGACGAAGACGACGAGGCGGAGGAACGCAGCCCGUUCCCGAUUCUCGUAUACAAUCUUCUCCUAGCAGACAUGAUGGAGGCCGUCGCCUAUAGCCUCAGCAUUUACUGGGUGAUAGAAGAUGGGAUAUUCGCUCCUUCGUCCGUUUGCUGGGCCCAAGGAUGGUUGGGAUCGACGAGCAACCUGGCCGCCAGUCUCUUUCUCACGGCCAUAUCUGUGAACACAUUCCUGACGGUUGGCUUGGGGUUCAAACCGCCCCCAUGGACUGUUUACACGACGAUUGCUUCUCUCUGGAUAUUUGACUUUGGCAUCAAUGGUGCCGGGGUGAUAUCGGCCACGCUGCAUCCGGCCACCGUUGGAGAGUCUUUUUUCAUGAGAGCCAAUGUCUGCGAGGAGUCCGGAUUCCACACCAGCCGAGAAGCGGAACCUCGACAGCUGAGCGGAUACCACCCGGCUUUCCUCAUCUAUCCCUUCAUCUACAUAGGGUGCAGCGUGCCUCUUGUGGUUGGCCGCGUCACAGCUCUUCUGGGGAUCGACCUCGGCAUCUUCUACUUCGCCUUUGCUGGAUCCGUCUUAGCCGCCAACGGGCUCUUCAACUCGAUUCUGUGGACGUCGACAAUCCUCUUCAGCGCCCCGCAAGAUGUACGCAAUACGGGACUGGACAGAUUCGCCUUCGUGCGGACGCCGAUACGAGAUUAUGGCCAUACAGUGAUCAUCAGCGGGCCAUCAAGCAGGAGAGUGCCUCAGUCAGAAGCAUCCAUCCACAGUCGCAAAAAGGAUUGGUGGUGGUGGAGAUAUGGAGGACAGAGAAACUGGGGAAGAUCCUAUACCAACGCGCAUACCAUGCCAGUGAACGGGUGA